AUGAAUCAAGCUGAAGUUACCAAAUUAGUUUCUCAGUUGAGAGUGAAAGUUAACCCUAGACUCAGGAAGUUCAGAAAUCCUGGUGGACCUGAAGAAAGAUUGAAUAAACUAAGAAAAACUGUAACUGCUCUCAUCAAACAUGAAAGAAUUGAACUCAAUUACCCUCGAGCUGAUGAGUCUAGAAUGUAUACUGAAAGGUUGAUUUCAGAUGCCAUUCGUUAUGGUGACUGUCACAAAACAACAAUGGAGAUGGCAGAUUAUUGGCUUAUGGAAAAACAGCUGAUACAUAAAUUAUUCAAAGUGCUGGUUCCCCGUUUUGAAAAUUAUAAUAUAGCUUACACACGUAUAAUAAAAGCUCCCAGACCUUAUCCAGGAGAGAAGCACUUCAAAGCAGUAUUAGAACUCAGAGGGAAUCCAUACCCAUCUUUGUUACCUGAUAAUCAUACAAAUAGAAACUUGAUUCACAAUGUGUUAUUGGAUGAAGCAAGAAAAGCUUACAGAGCAGAAAAAUAUAAAGAAAUCGCUGCUAGAAUUGAUGCUGAUAUGAAAACGAAAGAUUUGACUGAUGAGAAAUGUAAUGAAAGCAAGAACAAAAUAGACGCUCAGGAGAAGAUAGUGACACUGGAGGAAAGUGAUAAUCAUCAAAACAGAAAGAAAAAUGAUCAAAUUAUUGAUGAUUUGAAGAGAGAUAAUUCAAAUGAAGAGAAUCAAGAUAGUCCUGAAGGUGAUAAAACAAAAUGA